CACUCAGCAGGGCUCUGGCCGGCGGGAGGAGAGCGAUCCGGGAGCCGUCCCAGCAGGAAGCGAGUCCCGGCGGCCGUCGUCUCCGGUGCUCGCUCUCGGCCGCGGCGUCGCGCUCUCCCCUCGCGCCUGCAGUCCGGCAGCCUCUCCGUGGCCGCGACCCCUCGCGCACCUGCCUCGCCGGGAGAUAGUUGAUUACCUCCUUCAAAAUGGAAGAUGGAAAGCCCGUUUGGGCACCCCACCCCACAGAUGGAUUUCAGAUGGGCAAUAUCGUAGAUAUUGGCCCUGACAGCUUAACAAUUGAACCUUUGAACCAAAAAGGCAAGACAUUUUUGGCUCUCAUAAACCAAGUAUUCCCUGCAGAAGAGGACAGUAAAAAAGAUGUGGAAGAUAACUGUUCACUGAUGUACUUAAAUGAAGCCACACUCCUCCACAAUGUCAAAGUUCGGUACAGUAAAGACAGAAUCUAUACAUAUGUCGCCAACAUUCUGAUUGCAGUGAACCCAUACUUUGAUAUUCCUAAAAUAUAUACUUCAGAUACAAUAAAGUCAUAUCAAGGAAAAUCUCUUGGGACGAUGCCACCUCAUGUCUUUGCAAUUGCUGACAAGGCUUUUCGAGACAUGAAGGUGCUGAAGAUGAGCCAGUCUAUCAUUGUGUCUGGAGAAUCAGGAGCUGGCAAAACAGAAAAUACCAAGUUUGUUCUAAGAUACCUGACAGAAUCUUAUGGAACUGGUCAAGAUAUUGAUGAUAGAAUUGUUGAAGCUAAUCCACUUUUAGAAGCUUUUGGAAAUGCAAAGACUGUUCGUAACAAUAAUAGCAGUCGAUUUGGAAAAUUUGUAGAAAUUCAUUUCAAUGAAAAGAGUUCAGUUGUUGGAGGGUUUGUUUCUCAUUAUCUCCUAGAGAAGUCUAGGAUCUGUGUUCAAGGCAAAGAGGAGCGGAAUUAUCAUAUUUUUUAUAGGUUGUGUGCUGGGGCUUCAGAAGACAUUAGGGAGAAGCUUCACUUGAGUUCCCCAGAUAAUUUUCGGUAUUUAAACCGAGGCUGCACUAGAUACUUCGCUAACAAGGAAACCGACAAGCAGAUUUUACAGAACCGAAAAAGUCCUGAGGAGGAUGAGUAUGUUAAGGCAGGUUCCCUGAAAGAUCCUCUGUUAGAUGACCAUGGAGACUUUAUUAGGAUGUGCACAGCCAUGAAAAAGAUCGGUUUGGAUGACGAAGAAAAACUUGAUCUGUUUCGAGUCGUAGCUGGUGUCCUGCACCUUGGAAAUAUUGAUUUUGAGGAAGCCGGAAGCACUUCAGGCGGCUGUAACCUGAAGAACAAAUCUGCCCCGUCCCUGGAGUAUUGUGCUGAGUUGCUGGGGUUGGACCAAGAUGAUCUGCGAGUCAGCUUAACCACGAGAGUCAUGCUCACCACAGCAGGGGGCACCAAAGGAACUGUUAUAAAGGUCCCUCUGAAAGUGGAGCAAGCAAACAAUGCCCGAGAUGCUCUGGCAAAGACUGUCUACAGCCAUCUUUUUGAUCAUGUGGUAAACCGAGUGAAUCAGUGUUUUCCUUUUGAAACAUCAUCUUAUUUUAUUGGAGUCCUGGAUAUUGCUGGUUUUGAGUACUUUGAGCACAACAGCUUUGAGCAGUUUUGUAUUAACUACUGCAAUGAAAAGCUUCAGCAGUUUUUUAACGAAAGGAUCCUGAAGGAGGAACAAGAACUCUAUCAGAAAGAAGGCCUGGGUGUUAAUGAAGUGCAUUACGUGGACAAUCAGGACUGCAUAGAUUUAAUUGAAGUGAAAUUAGUGGGAAUCCUGGAUAUUCUGGAUGAAGAAAAUCGUCUUCCCCAGCCGAGUGACCAGCACUUUACAUCUGCAGUUCACCAGAAGCACAAAGACCAUUUCCGACUCACUAUUCCCAGGAAGUCGAAGCUGGCAGUGCACAGGAACCUCAGAGACGAUGAAGGUUUUAUCAUCAGGCACUUUGCAGGAGCAGUGUGCUAUGAGACAACCCAAUUUGUGGAGAAAAAUAAUGACGCACUCCAUAUGUCUCUUGAAUCCUUGAUUUGUGAAUCCAGGGAUAAGUUUAUACGGGCAUUAUUUGAAUCAUCCACAAAUAACAACAAAGAUACGAAACAAAAGGCAGGAAAACUUAGCUUCAUCAGCGUGGGAAACAAGUUCAAGACACAGUUAAAUUUGCUUCUGGAUAAACUCCGAAGUACUGGAGCAAGCUUCAUUCGCUGCAUCAAACCCAACUUAAAGAUGACAAGUCACCACUUCGAAGGUGCCCAAAUUCUGUCUCAACUUCAGUGUUCAGGUAUGGUGUCUGUGUUGGACUUAAUGCAAGGAGGUUUCCCUUCAAGAGCCUCAUUUCAUGAACUCUAUAAUAUGUACAAAAAGUACAUGCCAGAUAAACUUGCAAGACUGGAUCCAAGGCUGUUUUGUAAGGCUCUUUUUAAAGCUUUGGGAUUAAAUGAAGUUGACUACAAGUUUGGGCUAACUAAAGUAUUUUUCAGGCCUGGCAAGUUUGCAGAAUUUGAUCAGAUUAUGAAGUCUGACCCUGAUCACUUAGCAGAGUUGGUAAAAAGAGUCAAUCUUUGGCUAGUCUGUAGUCGCUGGAAGAAAGUUCAGUGGUGUUCACUCUCAGUCAUCAAACUGAAAAACAAAAUAAAAUAUCGAGCUGAAGCAUGCAUUAAAAUGCAGAAAACCAUUCGAAUGUGGCUUUGCAAAAGGAGACACAAACCACGCAUUGAUGGCCUGGUUAAGGUGGGCACUCUGAAGAAACGACUCGAUAAGUUUAAUGAAGUAGUAAGUGCACUGAAAGAUGGAAAGCCGGAGGUGAACAGACAGAUCAAAGAUCUUGAAAUUUCUAUUGAUGCUUUGAUGGCCAAAAUUAAGUCCACCAUGAUGACGAGGGAACAAAUACAGAAAGAGUAUGACGCGCUGGUUAAAAGCUCAGAAGAGCUCCUCAGUGCACUGCAGAAGAAGAAGCAGCAAGAGGAGGAGGCAGAGAGGCUGAGGCGCAUUCAAGAGGAGAUGGAGAAAGAAAGGAAGAGGUGUGAAGAAGAGGAGAGGCGCCGGCACAAGGAGGAGGAGGAGAGGCGGAUGAAACUUGAGAUGGAAGCGAAGAGAAAACAAGAGGAGGAGGAAAGGAAGAAGAGGGAAGACGAUGAGAAACGGAUCCAGGCUGAGGUGGAGGCCCAGCUGGCCCGGCAGCGGGAGGAGGAGUCCCAGCAGCAGGCCGUCCUGGCACAGGAGUGCAGGGACCGCGAGUUGGCCCUGCGCAUCGCCCAGAACGAGUCUGAGCUCAUCAGCGACGAGGCGCAGAGUGACCUGGCGCUCCGAAGCUUAAGUUCCUGUCCAGCAACUUCUAAAACUAAUGGAGCAAGACCCCAAAUGACACCGGAACAAAUGGCCAAAGAAAUGUCAGAAAUUUUGAGUAGAGGUCCUGCUGUACAAGCUACCAAGGCAGCUGCUGGUACCAAGAAACAUGAUCUUAGUAAAUGGAAAUAUGCAGAACUACGUGAUACUAUCAAUACUUCUUGUGAUAUUGAGCUCCUGGCAGCGUGCAGAGAAGAAUUUCACAGGAGACUGAAAGUGUAUCAUGCUUGGAAAUCCAAGAACAAGAAGAGAAAUACUGAAACAGAGCAGCGUGCUCCCAAGUCUGUUACUGAUUAUGAUUUUGCGCCAUUUUUGAACAAUUCACCUCAGCAGAACCCUGCAGCUCAGCUCCCUGCCAGGCAGCAGGAGAUUGAGAUGAACCGACAGCAGCGUUUCUUCCGAAUCCCGUUCAUCCGCCCGGCUGACCAGUACAAAGACCCUCAGAACAAGAAGAAGGGCUGGUGGUAUGCCCAUUUCGACGGACCGUGGAUUGCUCGGCAGAUGGAACUCCACCCUGACAAGUCACCCAUCCUUCUUGUAGCUGGCAAGGAUGACAUGGAGAUGUGUGAGUUGAAUCUCGAGGAGACGGGUCUGACUCGGAAGCGUGGUGCUGAGAUCUUGCCCAGACAGUUUGAAGAGAUCUGGGAGCGCUGUGGAGGCAUCCAGUACCUUCAGAGCGCCAUCGAGAGCAGGCAGGCCCGGCCCACCUAUGCCACGGCCAUGCUGCAGAACCUGCUCAAGUAGACCGCGGGCUCCCAGCCCCGCCCUGGCCGCACAGGCAGGGAGGUGAUCAGAAGGCUCACCAUAUCCUUGCUCCCUGUAGAACGCCUUAUGCAAAGUGAACAGGUUUUUAUUAAUCAUGGAGUUUGUUAAUUUGUUCAAGGUUAAUUAAGGUUGAGGUAGUGGAUUCAGGACCAAAAAAGAGAAUAGCCCUGAUCCCAGCGGUGACUCCGGCUGUCCUCCUGCCUUCUGCACGGGGACAGCAUCCAUACUUCUCACUCUCUGCACACUGACGACCUUAAGUCCGUGGUGAUUAUUGUCAAGGAUGAGCCUUUUUUUAAAUUUCAAAAUAUUUAAUUUUUUUUAAAAGGAUGACACAGUGCCUUUAUAACUGGGGUAAUGAAAUCUUAGCUUAAUUUUGUGCAAGAAUUAAGGUACUUAAAAUGAUUAAGGCACAGAAGUUUUGGGUCUAAAAGUUGCAUUUUGUCUGCUUUCUCAGAAACCCAUGGAAAUGGAUUUACCUCUUCCUGCAGUGUGCUUAGCCUGAGUGAAGCCCGAGUUCUAGAUUCUGGAAAGAGCCUUAAUGUAUAGAAUGUAUUACAUGCAGAAGAGGUGCUGGGCAUAUGCAGCAUCGACGUAGGGCGCUUUUCGCCAAGCUCUGUGUUCCUCUUGGAAUCUCCUAAUUCAUGGUUGAGUCAAAGCAAUGCAGAUCAUUUGAAUGACUGGAAGUUCUGAUACAGCGUUGUUUCAUUUUGGAAGGGGGUACAGGGUGAGGUGGUGCUGUGACCUUACCGGACCAAAUUCAGAUCCCGUCCCCACCCCAUCUCAACUGUAAUUUUUCAGUUCAAACCUUGUCUAAGUUAUUUCCUGUGAUUUAAGCUGAUGUACUGCUUCAGACUUUUCUCGUCCCUGUCCCUUUUCUGGGCAUCUGUUUUGGUCUUUGAAAUGUGGUAAUUGUAGGGCUGUUUUGUAAACUUGGUAACUCAGAAGUCCUUGUACCGAGGCAGGGCUUGUUUCAUGCUGCAGGCGGUUUUUAAAACACUCCUUCUGUGUGCUGUUGGUCCUGAUCAGAUGUCAGCAGCUGGAGCUUAUAUUUAUGACUUUAAUAUUAGGAACUUAGAGACAAAACCACAUCAAGGAGUUAUGGUGACGCCCAAAGGAGUCUUUGUUUGUAUUUUAGAAUAAAAGUAGAAAGUAAAAUUAUUCUUUACACUCCCUUUGUUUUUAAAUACCCUAACCUUUGAAAUUUCAGGGGGGUUUUUUUCUUUAGAAAGAUACCUCAGUUAGGAAAUAUCUACCAGCUGAUGAGAUUAAUGUGUAGCAGCCGCAGAUUCUUUUGUCACAUGCUCCUCUCAAAAUGUCUUAGUACUGAAGUACUUAUUUAUUAUGAUACUGUGGAAAUGAUUGUUCUGUGUUAAGGAAGUUAAAUGGCCCUACCUAUACUAAUAAUUGAAAAUGUGAAUGGGGUUUUCUUCUGGAGCUUGUCUUAUUGCUUAGACUCAUACAGCAUUCGGUCAUUUGGUGAUUGGUGGCAGAAGGUGUAGUUCCUGAAAUAAACAACCUAUUUUUUCUCUUUCA